AUGUUCACACUUACUGAGGGCGUGAGGAGAGAGACCUCGCCACUGCUGCAGGAGGAGAGGAAGGACGCGCAGGACAUCCAGGACACUACAGGACACCCGGGGAUCCUCAGAACACAACAGGAAAAACAAGAAGCAAGAACUGUUAACCCUGCCACGCACACCCAGACACAGCAAGGAGUGUUCCGAGGGCGUUCAGACAUUCCCUCAACACUGGGCGAGGCAUUACUGGUCACGCCGGCAAGAAAUUUUUGCUUUAACACUCCUAACUGGAAACUCAAGCUGUGCUCCGCUCUCCACCUCAGUUCCACAUUUUCUCCACCUCGUGUCCUCAGUAGCAGUGAAGUGAGAAAACAAACCCUUAGAAAACCAAAAACCUGUGCGCCCCCAGCGGCUGUUAGCACCCCGGCAGCACACACAGGAAUCCCCAGGCCGUGCUCCGCGUUGCUGCAGGCGUGCGUGACCGGAAGCGCGCAUCACUCAGCGGCUCAUUGGCAGGAACAGUGCGGCAGGAAGGUCGCGGCGCCGCUGCCCCAGUGUCGCGUGGCGGACUGCGCGCCUGACUGGCUCCGAGGGACGCCGGCGGGCGUGAGCGUCUGGCGCGGCGUGACAUGGGCGGCCGCGCGCACGUGGCAGCGCGCUAGCCGGGUUGCGGCGGCAGGCGAUGUCCUUGCAGGACGCCGCCGGCUGCCACCACUGCCACAUUCCACGCGCCCAUCCCCGCUGAGGAGCUCAAGCGCACGCACCCCCUGCGCAGCGGCAGCCCCGGGGGGGAGCGGGGCGGCCCUCACCAGCAGCUUCAGGAAGAAUGUGUCCUUCCUGUACCGCAAGUUCCAUGGGGUGUCGCUGGUCACCCCGCCCCCGCCGCCGCCGCCCCCGCCGCCGCCCGCCCACGGGUGCCAGCCCCUGUGUGCUUCGCCGUCCCGCUCCCACGGCAGCUCCCUGCCCCACUCCCUGCCCCGCUCCUCGCCCCGCUCCUCGCCGCGCUCCACGCCCCACUCCUCCUCCCGCUCUUCGCCGCUGCCAGUCACGGACCUGCGCCCCGCCCUGGUGAUUGACUCCCAGCCCCCGGGGCCGCCCCUGGCUCGCAGGCCCCUACCGCCCCUGCCCAAGGAGAAGCCCAAGCGGCGCGGCUGCGGCGGCCUGCAGGUGGUGCUGAUGGUUGGGGCGUACGCCCUCUUGCUGGUGCUGGUGGUGGUGGUGGGCGUGGUGCUCACCCAGGAGCUGCGCAGGCCGCCCGGUCGCCCUGUGCCGGGCCCACGCCCUGUGGCCAACAGUGGGCAGCCCCUCCCCGUGCGCGUGGUGCGCCCGCGCCCGCGCCCGCAGGACCUCGACUAUGUGGACAUCGAGCCUACCCCCCUGUCCGGUGGCCCCCCGCCUCCCCCAGUCCAGCGCGCCCCACCUCCGCCCCGUCCCGCCCCUCCCCCGGUGAGGCGCCCAUCCUUCUCCGCCGUGGACACAGACUUCAGCCUGACGCAGGGCGAGGAGGACUUCCGCGGGCGCAAGGAGCCUGAGAUCCGCAUCCUCAAGUCGUGGAACAACCAGAACCCUGACGGCACGCUGUCCUGGGGCUACAUCGGCAGCGACGGCAGCUUCAAGAACGAGACUCGCCGGCCACGACUGCGUGGUGCGCGGCGUGUACGGCUACGUGGAGAAGGAGACCGGCAAGCUGCUGUCCUUCCCCUACGUGUCCGGCAACCCCUGCGACCCCAACGAGCCGGACUACUACGACGACUACUACGAUACCGGCGUCGACGACUUCGCGGGCAACCGUGGCCGCGGCUAAGCUGCCCCCUGCCCCUCCCGCCCCCUCGCCCCCUCCCCCUCGUGCCCCUCAGAGCGUGUGAUGUUUUGUAAAGGUUCUUAAACACCUCUUGGUCUUUUCCUACACCCCACACCCCCCCACACCCACGCUUGUCCCCCACACCCACCACUUCCUCCUCCUCCUCCUCCUCCUCCUCCUCCUCCUCCUCCUCCUCCUCCUCCUCCUCCUCCUCCUCCUCCUCCAUCCCUCAAGACAAUUAUCCCUGUACAUUUGUAUUUAUCAAAUGUGUAUUAUGCAAAGUAAAUCUGUACUGUUUUCACUAUCUCUUUCUGUGCCUCCCCUACUCCUGCACCUCCACUACCCCUCCCCUGCCUGCCCGCCCUGCUCCUCCCACCACACCACCACAUCCACCACACGUGCAGUCUCAUGUAGCGCAACACAAGCCAACACACCAAUACCAGAAAAAUGGACAGAUGGACAAAUUAUUCACGUUUCCCCAUUAAAAAAAAAGUAAUUUCCUCCGUUUUCUUUUUAAGUUUAAAGUCUUUUAGUCUCCCCUUGAAAAAUAAAGGUUUAGGAAAAAAUGUAUAUGUGACCUUUAUUAUUAUUAUUAUUAUUAUUAUUAUUAUUAUUAUUAUUAUUAUUAUUAUUAUUAUUUUUCUGUUUUUUUUUUGUUCUUCUGUAUUUUGUGGUACAGAAAUGUGUUCUCUUUAUUACAGUGUCCAUUUCUCUGUAUUUGUAUCCGAACAUUCCUUGGUCUGUUUUGAAAUUAUAGUGUUCUUGAUUUUU